AUGGAAGCAUUUCCAAAGGGACAAAAACCACCUAAGGCGGCUUCAAUUUCUGAUUGGAGAUUCAGCAUUGGUGCGGAAAAACCUAAGAAAAUAGCUGACAUAAACAAGUUUUAUUAUGAUUCUAGUGAAGAGGAAGACGAAAUGAGUGAACUUGAUGCGAUAGAGAUGCUAAUGAUUGAUGAAGGAAUCUUGAUGGAGCUAGGCUACGAGGAAGAAAAAGCAAAGAUGGCGCUGAAUGCAUGCGGCGGUAACUUAGAAAAAGCCUUAGUGUUUCUGAGAUUACUCGAAGAUGAUGAAUUUUGUGAUGAAGAAAUUGAUAAAAAUUGGGAAGAAGAAGAUGGCAGUUGAAGAGAAGAACUGAGUGAAGAAAAUGAAGAACUCGAGAUGGCAGUAAAGUUGCUUGCAGGAUUACAAGGAGAAGUCUUGGAUGACGGAGAAACAAUCCUGACCACUCUCAAUCCGUCAGGGCAAUUGAAAUAG